AUGUCUUCCAGCGUUCCCUACAUUCCCGAUGAUGACUUCGAAAACAAUAAUCCGUUUGCAGAGCCAAUUCUCCACUCUGACCCCCACAAUUCUUUGGCCAAUGACAAUCUCUCUAGAGCACCGGAUGCUCCUGUGGACCAAGUACAAGCACAUGCACCCGAGUCUGAUAAGAAUGCUACCGAAAUCAGUGAUACCAACAAAGAGCUCCGCCGACUUCUUCCCGAGAGAUUUACCACGAAAAGCUCCCUUCAAAUUAAGUUGACGGCCAUAGAAAAGAACAGACCGGGCAACCCUAUCUUGAGGUUUGAUGCAGUGGUCAAAGGGCUUCCAAAAUUCAGACAAUCCACCUACAAAGACAUAAGGAGAACCUACAAUGAAGUUGUAAAGUUCAAUAAGUACUUGAUCAUAUCCAACUUGGAGGCUUUCGUGCCAGUUAUCCCUAAUGCAUCCACCUCAUAUCCCUCUGGCGGCGAGGACGAAAACAAGCAAUUGAUGAAUGUGUGGAGAGAAUGGUUUGCAAGAAUAGUGACAAAUCCUAUCUUGAUCAGGGACGACGAGUUCGUAUAUUUCAUCGAGAAUGACUUUGGGUACUCGGUUAUCAACAAUAACCGCAAAUCAUCAGUUGCUAGUGGAUUGAUCAGAAAGACCCUCAAACAGUUCUCGGUUCCAUAUGACGAAUUUGAGGAAUUGGCUACAUUUCGUCCAUUGAUCAAAUCGGCGUAUUUGAUUCUUCAAAAGUUAUCGAAAUUAGAAGAAAAGAACUCCAAAACCCAAAAGCAAUUAUCCAUACAGAUUUAUGAUUUAUCCAACCAAUUAAACAGUUUAUCACAGUUCGAAACCAUCCACCCAGGUAUGAAGAAUAUGUGGGAAAAGUUGGCCAAAAUUAGUCAGAUUCAAUCGGACUUGUUGUUGAUAGAAUCCGUCAACGAGUUGGGUAUAUUGGGCGACGGGAUCCAAAAUUUAAUCGAAGACUUCUACCAAGUAAAAGAAGCACUCACAAACCGUCAUUUGAUCAUGAGAGAAUUGUUACAGGCCGAGGCCCAAACCAAGUCCAAACACUUGCAUGCUACCAAAAUAAAGAGCAAAUCAGCAUUGGAUCCGUUGAAGGUCGAUGAAGCCAUCAGAUCGUUGGAGUAUUCCAAAAAGGUGGAAGAAUCAUUAAAGCUCCAAGUGAACCGGAUUUCAGGAGAGAUGUUGAUUGAGAAGCAAGAAGUGUUAGAUUUUACCGAACACAAGUUCCAAAAAUUGUUGAAGAGCUUGACGCUUCACAGAGUUGAUCAUCACAGAAAGAUCUUAAAGCACUUGGAGAACAUCCGGUUGGAUAUCAGGAUAGUCGACGCCAAAGGAGGGUUGUCGAGAUUGAACCGUGACAACUUAACCAAUUUGAAGCAUAACUUGAUGCAGUCACAAUCGUCUAACGGAGAUGCCUGGUCGUCCAGAACAUUCAGGUCGUUGAAGACCGAGCAGGAGGAGAGAGAAAGAUCCAGAGAGGAGGAGGAGGAGGAUGCCAAAAAGCAUGAUGAGGGUGAGGACGGCCGGAACGUCGUUGAUGCCAAAAAUGCCGCCAGCUUGUUGGGGGUUGCCACAUUUUAG